AUCGUUAAAUACAGACCAAGUUUGGAAAAAGUAACAGGCACGUAAGAGCGUCACUUUCUUUUGUAAGGGUCCUAUGUCUCCUCCCCCGGGAAAAAAAAAACAUUCCAAGAUGGCGGGGGAAGUGUACCUCUUUUGGCUCUUGUCGAUAUUGCAAGCGGUGUCGUCCUAUGGCGCCGAGCUGUCCUCUGAGGCCUGCAGAGAACUGGGCUUCUCCAGCAACCUCCUGAGCAGCUCCUGUGAUCUGCUGGGCCAGUUUGGCCUGACCCAGCUUGACCCGUUCUGCAGGCAGUGCUGCCAAGAGGAAGCCCAGGUCGAGGCCAGGAAGCAUUACCCUGGUGCUAUCCUGGAGGUGUGUGGAUGAAAACUGGGAAGGUUCCCCCAAGUCCAAGCUUUUGUCAGGAGCGACAAGCCAAAGAUGUUCAAGGGUCUUCAGAUCAAGUACGUCAGAGGCUCCGACCCUGUACUCAAGCUGCUGGACGAUAACGGGAACAUCGCAGAGGAGCUCAGCAUCCUCAAGUGGAACACGGAUAGUGUAGAAGAGUUCCUGAGUGAGAAACUGGACCGCAUAUAAACGGUCCAAUCAGAUGGAUUUAGACUGUAACCCCCCCCCCAUGUCCCUGGAGUCCCUUAUUGCAUUUUGUAAUGUCGUGAUGCCCUGUGUCCCUUCCUGGGAUGUGAGCACAUCCACGCACCUUUGAAUGAAUCUGUAAGAUUCCUGCCUUUGUCCCCUGUGCUGACUGGCCUCUAACCCGCAGGACAGUCUGAUCACAUCAUAUGAUGCUGUGUGCCGAUGCUGCUUAUUUCCAUGUGUCUCUCUCUGCUGUUUCGGGUCAGGCUGUAUGGUUCUGUCCCGCUGGGGUGGGAUCCGGCGGGAGGCGUCCCGGGCUGAACACACGUCAGUGACGGCCUCACAGUAAACCAGCCCUGGCGUGUGGGGCCUGAUGUAGCUGUGUGUUCGCAGGGCGCCCCCUACAGGUGGGAGGCGGACAGAGUUUGUAAAGCAGCCAUAAUAAAAAUGAUUGAUUUAACGAUA